AUGGAAACACCCCCACCUUCAAACACACCCACUUUUGAUGUCGGUCCCCAGGCGCCGACACCCACCCUCCGCCGCCAGGAGUCUCUCGAGCACAUUCUCAACUUUACCAUCUUAAACUCGCCACCGUCUUCGCCCUCCGAGGUGGUGGAGGCAUCCUUCAUCUACCACCAGAUCCUCGCUGACUGCGAGCACGACGGGCCCGCUCGUAUCCCUCCGAGACAUCCACGACCAGUAUCUAUCAAUCCUACUAAUCCCUCUAAUCAGCGAGGGCAGCAAGCUGGUGGCGGUGCUGGUAGCCUACCGGGCAUCGCCGAGGGGGGGUCAGACGUGCUCGAGGAUGCCAGCAGCCCAAGCCCAAACGACGAUAACGAUAACGACGACGAAGCAAGUACCAGCCCGCUCGUUCACGAGCUCUUUGCAGCGCUCUACGAACACGCACCAACGGUCCAGGGCCAGGCAAACAUUGUCCGUCUUGUCCUUCACGCGCUCUUUGGUCCCAGCUCCCCCGACAACCACACCUCUGCCCUGCAGCGCCCCCUUGAAGUCAUUCUUCCCCUUGCCCGGGCGUGGCCCACAUACACCUCCGAGCAGAAAGGAGGUGUCUACGGAGCUCUCACAAUCCUCGCCGUCGAGCUGCUCGACUGCUUCUUCGUGCCUUUCCUCUCCCAGGGCAACCACACACCUGCGGUACGCUCAUCCCUCAUCUCGCCAACCUCCCGCUCCGAGAUCGACCCCACGGCCCAGGCCACCUACAGCCGCCUACAGUCCCUCCGCCACCUCUGCCGCUCGCGGGACGGCAACAGAUGCGUUAUAACCCACCAGCAAGGGCACGUGCCCACCCGCGGCAGGAGGCUCCCCUCGCGCCGCCAGAUCUCAUCACAACCAUCCGUGCACCUUGAAUGCGCACACAUCAUCCCGCACAGCCUGAACCAAGCCGGCGCCGGCGGACACCUCGCAGACGACAAAACUGUCCUCUGGCGCAUCCUCAACAUGUUUGACCCCGGCGUCAGCUUGCUGCUGCAGGGCGAGAGGAUUGAUGGGCCGGCAAACGCCAUGAUGCUGUACCCAGAGCUGCACAGCCGAUUUGGACUCUUGCAUUGGUAUCUUGAAGAGGUGCCCGGGGGCGGGGGCGGAGAUGACGAUGAAGCCGUCUAUGUAUUCUGCAGGAGCAGGGGCGCCCCUCUGUUGCCGCUGCACUGCAUGCCCGCCGGGCCGGGGGGCACGGUCCGCUUCACGCGCAUGGAUGGCAGCCGGACGGAGCUGCCGAGCAGGAGGCUGCUGGCUGUACAUAGGGCGUGCGCAAAAAUCCUGGAGGUGGCCGGCGCAGCGGAGUAUGUAGAGGACCUGCUGGACGAGUUUGAGGAUGUGAGAGGCAUGGCGGGUCUGGCGGGGGAUGGCAGCUCGGAUCUCGCGAUGCUUGUUAGGGUCGGGGUGGGCCUGGGGGAGGGCUGGUUUCACUGCGAGCGGGAGCGGGAGCGGGAGGGAAUUGCAGUGUAG